AUGGAGAGAAUCGAUGUGCAUGCUCAUUGCGUUCCGCCCGCUUAUCGAGAGUACUGUUUGAAGAAUGACUUCGCAGGAAGGGGCCACCCCGACGGGAUGCCCGCCAUUCCUGAUUGGGAUGCCAAGUCGCACAUCCAACUGAUGAAGGACUUGAACAUUACAAAGUCCGUCCUCAGCAUGUCCUCGCCGGGUACACACUUGACUCCUGGCAAUGACGAGGAAGCGCGGUCCCUCACCCGCAGUGUGAAUGAAGACAUGUCAAAGAUCUGUGCCCAAAACAAGGAUCAUUUCUUGUUCUUUGCAUCACUCCCUCUCCCAGACGUGGAAGGAUCCCUCGCCGAGAUCGACUACGCGCUUGACCACCUGGGCGCCGUGGGGUUUCAAAUCCUGACCAAUUCUCAUGGAAUCUACCCGGGAGAUCCACAGUUCAGUCGAGUCUUCGAUAAACUCAGCGAGCGCAAAACAAUUGUCUUUUUUCAUCCAACCACAUGUAUUUCCCGGAAUGCCCAGACUGGCUCCGUGAAGGAGAAGGUGACGCCCAUGCGAGGAAUUCCCAGCCCGAUUAUGGAGUUCAUGUUUGACACCACCCGAGCGCUGGCAAGCCUCUUCAUAUCUGGAACAGUGACCAGGUGUUCUGGGAUCACAUUCCUGGUCUGUCACUGCGGUGCGACAUUCCCACCGAUAAUGCAGCGAAUUGCAGAAUUUUCCAGCCUCGUAGUUAAAGAGGGCGACCCUAUCUCCAGCGAUGAUAUCAAGGAGCUGCUGAAUAGCCGCUUUUAUAUUGAUUUGGCGGGUCUUCCUUUCCCUGAUCAGAUUCAUGGGCUUUUGAGACUUGUUGACUCAUCGAGACUACUGUAUGGAAGUGAUUAUCCGUAUAGCCCGGCAAGGAUGGUUACAUCUCUAGCUCAGAGAGUGGAUGGUGGAUUGAAAAGUACCCUUGGAAUUGAAACCACCAAGCGGGUCCUACUUGAUAAUGCGAAGAGAAUGCUCUCUAGCGCACAAUGA